AUGCCACCCAGAAUCGAUCUGGAGCCUCAUAAAGAGGAGAUCAUUACCGCCUUCCAGGGUGGAAAGAGUGCCCCAGAUAUUCGCACUGACUUGAAGCAAAAAUAUGGAUUAAAUACAUCUACCCGAACUCUUCGAAACCGACUACAAGUGUGGGGAAUUCGACAGCGAACGGUAACUCGGAUUGAUGAUGUUAAUUUACAUGAGCGCGUUCGUGCACUCUAUUCGACCACCACACUUUCAACGAAACAAAUUCUCCGAGUCCUUGCCGACGAAGGAUUGCACAUCUCUGACAGGUCGCUUGGAAGACUUCGAAGACAGCUUGGAAUUCAGCUUCGAAUUGAUGAUCCUGAACUUCGACAACAACGCGAACGAGAAAUUGAAACUGUCUUGUUAAAUGAACUUGAGACUGGACGGAUUGAGGGCCAAGGACGUCGUCUUUUGCAUUCCCAUCUUCAACGCAAUGGGUUUCGAUUCCCGGAGUAA